AACCGACAACAAUCAUAGUGAGAGACAACUGGAGUCAAGCCUAAAUGCACAGAACGAUCAAGAGAAUUUUGAAAAGAAUAUGGAUUUUUUAGACAAGUAUUGUCCAAAGAAAAGGAAGAAAAGAAGCCCUUCAGUGUGCACAUGGACAGUGGAUGGUGUUGAAGAAGAGUAUGUGAUUAAUGAGAAGUCCUUAACCAUUAAUGAAGGGGAAGUUCAGCUGGAGUUAGUCAACAGAAAGACUCCAGAAGACACUCACUUGGUCUCUUUUCCUCUUGAUGAGACAUUUUACAUGAAGCAGGUUAGGGAGACAGCAAGGGAGACUGCAUCCUUGGCAAAAACAGGUGUGGCUCAAACCUUGGAGGACAUCAACAAAGCCAUGGGAAUAUAUGGAAUUGUCGCUGGAUUCAUUGGGGCAGGGAAGUUUUUUGCAGAAAAUGACACUGCCAGAGGGGCCUUCACUCUAAGCCAGUCUCUUCAUGGACUUGGGGACAUGACAGGGCUGAAUCAACAGAUCUCCAGAAUGUCCCGGAACAUAUUCCAGAAGGCCCUCCAUCGAGCAGCUGGGGAAAUGGGCAUGGAAAGUGUACUAGAAAAAGCUAGCAGUUCAUUGGAGAGAUUCGGUGAGAGUACUGCCGGAAACUUUCUUAAAGACAUUCCCAUUGUUGGCCUGGGCUUUCAAGGAUAUUUUAUUGCAGAGGACAUCAUUGCCAUCCAACAGAGCAACAGAUCCAGCCCAAAUCAGAAUAAGUACUUUGGUCUGAAGGUCACAAAUCUUGUUUUGGAUGUGUCAACAACUGUGCUCACAAUUGCGGAGGUGGCUUUCCCUCCUGCAGCCAUCAUCCUGGAGCCCAUUGUCAUUGGCUUGACAAUAGCCAGAAUGUCCAUUGGUGACUUUUACUGUGAUAUAGUCAGUGAGCUAGAUAAACUGCCCCGAGGAGCUAGUGAUUUUGAUAAGAUGAUUGCCGUCAUAAAUGGACUAGAAGAAGGCUAUGUGGAUUUUGUCACUGGGGGGCUGUUAAGAGAAAUGGAGGCACUUGACAAGGAGGAGCAGCAGAAUAAAGACCUCUUGCGCAACCUCUCAACCCCUGAGUCCUACUUCAAAAUAACAAUUGAUGACGGAAGCACAAGCACAUUAGACCUGAUGGACGGAAUUCUCUCCCAGUAUGGGGGAUUUGUAACAGUCCAACUGCUCAACAAUGGCAGUGUGAAAAUACAAGUAGGAGGGGUGGAUGAUGGGCAGGGUGGGUUCAAGACAAUCGAGAAAUUAUUCUAUAACCCUAGUAUUCAGAGUAUUGUACUGGGAGUAGGAGAAUCAUCUCAAUUCCUCUACAAAGAAAAGACCGCCCAUUUGUGGUGGGUCAUCCCAGUGUAUCAUAAAAAAGUAAUUUGCGGAGAGAUUAAACUGCACUCCUCCUUGUUUGGCACAUACUAUGGCAAUGACAAAGAUAAUCAGUUUACCGCCAUGCAAGUACCUGCAAAGCACACUUCUGCCAGUUCUGAAGAUCCAUGUGCUCAUGGGCAAAUAGACUUAGAGUUUGUCAUUAAGAAUUACCAUUACACCAUCCAUGGCCAUGGAGGAGAUGAUAGCUUCUUCAUGGGGCCACAGAAAUCUGUGCUAUCAGGUGGAGAUGGAAGAGACCUCUAUGUUUUUCCACCAAGUGGAACUAACGCAGAGAUUGAUAAUUUUUCUGAGGAUAGGAUAGAAGAUUACAUGAUUAUAAAGGCAACUUUCGAUCACAUUGACUGUGUUCGGGAUCACACAGAUCUUCUCCUUGUAUAUGGAGCACAAAGAAGCAGAAUUAUUAUUAGGGACUGGUUUGUGCACAGCGAGGCUGAUCAUUACCAGCACAUGACUUUUCAGUCAUCCGAUGGCAUCAGGUUUAAGGUAGAGGACAGAGUAUGGAGAAAAGGCCAAUUCCGUUGUAUGUGUGUUGCUGAAACUCUAGACAAUACGAAGUCAAAGGUUCCCAUAGCCAUUACUUUAGAGGGAAAGUAUGAACGUGUGGUCACAGUAAUAGGGAGUGCCUUUAGUGACAGCAUUGUGGGUAAUCAAAAGAACAAUAUCCUCAAUGGGGGCCCUGGGGAAGAUAAGUUGGAGGGAGGAGAAGGAGCUGAUACUUAUGAGAUCUUUAGCGGAGAGGGCUGUGACACAAUUAACAACUAUGCCAAGGACCAGAAGAUGGACCUGGUGGUGUUUCACGCGCCUUUCAGUCGAAUCCAAGCAGAACUGCGGAGUGAUGGUCUCUUCGUGUUUGAUAAAAAUAAUGCCAGUUCAACUUGUGUGCUACUGGGAAGCUGGGACACUGAGACAGCUUUUCAACAUGUGGCCUUUCUGUCAGCUGAUCAUGUGACUUUUCAGAUCUUAAGGAACCAAAGUCAGCUGUCAAUGAUGGCACUUAUGGUCGACCUGAGCAAAGACACCCAAGGCAGCACAAUCAAUCUCUCUGAACCUAAUCAACACCUGCUCUACGUCAUAACUGUCUUUGAUUCGGCCCAUGAUGAUGUCAUCACUGGCAAUAGUCUUGGGAACUUCCUCAGCUGUAGUGGAGGCAGGGACCACUUGCAGGGAGCUGAUGGGAGUGAUAAAUAUGUAAUAAAAUCUGGAUGCAAAGAGGCAAAUAUUAAUAACUUAGCAAAGGACCAGUCCACUGAUGUGCUAUUCCUUGGAUAUCCAUUUGAUAAAGUUAAAGCAACGUAUGAAUGGCCAAAUCUGAUUUUAAAAGUUGAUGGUCCAAACACAAAAAUAUGUCUACGUGACUGGCUCAAAGGUGAACAGUUCCAGCACCUGCUAUUGCAAACUAUUGAUGGCGUAAUUUCAAAACUACCUUCAAAUAUAUCUGAAUCAGACAUUUUAACUCCGUUUGAGAUAGACUUAAGUGAAGAAAAAUGCACAAAUAAUAAAAGAACAUUUGAUUUGAGUAAAUAUCCCUAUAAAAAGGUGCAAAGGUUCAAAGCAAAAUCUAGUGAGUGUUCAUAUAAUGUGAUUGGAAACUCUCAGGAUAACUAUAUCGACCCAGGAAUUGGCAAUGCCAUGAAAUAUCAAAAUCUGAAGGGUGGCAAUGGGUCAGACACUUAUGUCUUCGGUCAUGGAUAUGGCUAUGUGAAUGAAAUUGAUAAUGAAGCCAAAGACAUGAAAACAGAUUAUUUAUUUCUUGGAGUUCUGUACAAGCAUAUCACUGUCCUUUUGGAGCAGAAUAAUGUUGUUUUAUCCUCCAAGUCCAGGAAUGACUCAGUUCAAGUCCGAUUACUGAAGUAUCAAAAUGGUCCUGAACACCAACAUCUUGUGAUAAAAUCGUUAGAUGGAUUUUUGUUUAAGCUAAACCUUCAGUCAUACCCAUACAAGUCUGUACUUUACAUUGACACUUCAACAUCCACCAAGAGCUGUAACAUUAGUUGUGCUGAGAGGGGCGAGUUCUCCACAGUUUCCCAAAUUUAUGGAGCCACAGACUUCAGUAACUAUAUAACUGGUAGUAAGAGUAGUUCAAUAAUCAUAGGGGGCAACAACCAUGACUACCUCCAGGGUAAUGAAGGCAAUGAGAGAAUAGAAGGUCUUGCAGGAAAUGAUAUCUUAAUAGGUGACAGUGGGGAUGAUGUUCUAUUUGGUGGAACUGGGGAUGAUAACAUCUCUGGGGGGCCAGGAAAUGAUAUGAUUUAUGGUGGCUGGGGAGCUGACCAGAUAGAUGGGGGGCCAGGGGUUGAUACCAUCUUUUUCAGUGGAGAUGUAAAGACAUCCACAGGAGUCAGAGUGGAUCUGAAUUUGGGCACAGGCAAGUGGGCAGAUGCUGAGAAUGACACCUACACCGACGUGGAGGCAGUGAGCGGCACAAACUUCAAUGACAUUCUCGUUGGAAAUGAUGACGACAAUGAGCUAGUCGGGAAGUUUGGUAAUGACACACUCAUACCAUGGCACGGCUCAGAUUACCUCUUUGGUGGGCCUGGAAAUGACCUGUACAUAUUAGAUGACUGCAGUGGAGUUAAACACAUCAAUAACUUUGCCUCAGAUAAAGCCCUUGACCACAUUGUCAUUCAGGACUUCAACCCUGAAGAUGCCUGCUUCUUCCUGCAGGAGAGAACCCUCGUCAUUGCAUUCAGACGUCACAGCCCUUUGCUCAGUCUCCUCCAACGAGAUUCUCUCACUAUUCUUAUGGAUAACUGGAGUAACAACGGAUCAUUUUACCAGCAUGUGGAUUUUGUCUUUGCUAAUGAUACAACAGAAAAGAGCUCAUUCUUCAACUCAGCUGUAGAUAUUGGCCCAACUGUGCUGGAGUUAAACUCAACCAGUCAUACCCUUUUUUUGAGACCACUAAAUGAAACAGCAAUAGAGGUUAAGGUUAAUGUUCUGCAUGAGGAAGACCAAACAGUCCACAAAAUGGAAGUUCAACUGAAGUACUAUCUGGAGGUGUCUGAUCAGUUAUUCUUCAGUGAUAGUCUCCAUUGGGAAAAACAACCUGUCAUCAUGUACUCUGGGUUUCUCUCGGGUGUUAUUUACCAUUUUAAGUUAUAUGUGGCUCUGUGUGAGUUGCCUGUUCUUGUGCUUACUGAAGCAAUGCAGAGAACACCACCAACCCCCCCGACGAAUCUAACUGUAACUCAUAUCUCUCAUGACAGAAUAGAGAUCGAAUGGACUGCCCCACCAACUGCAUCUGACCCAAACAACAGUAAAUACAUUUAUUUAGUUCAGUACGGUCCUUGGGAUACAAUGCCUCUAGAGUUCGAAACCUCUCUUACUAGUGCAAAGAUUACAGAUUUAAAAUCAGGGACAGGGUACACACUAUCUGUCUCAUCAGUUAUAGAAGGAGUGGAAAGUCUUUCUAGAGAAGUCAAUAUAGAGACUCCUAACCUGUGCACUAACUUUGCUGUACCUGAGGGCACAACAGUUAUUAAUGAGAAGAUGACACAAUUUGGUGCAGUGGUGGUGAUAGAGUGCGAGAAAGGUUUUCAGCUUAUUUCUAGUCCAGAGAUCCUCUGUUCAGAAGAGAGGGAUCUCCAACCAUGUGUCCCCAAGCCAUGCACCCAUCAGGGAAGGUUCAUAACACAUGGUACUAAUAAUAUGGAAGUUUGUUUUGAAAACGUUUAUUUCAGUAGAUGUCAGUUAGGAGUAUUUCACCCUCCCAUCCCAGUCUGUUGUCCACCACUGCCAUACAUCUUAAAUAGUCAUGUAGCUAUAAUAUCCAUUUAUUCAUAUAGAGAAAUUAGAGCUGUCUUCACCUGUGAGUCGGGAUACCUGCUUACAGGACCCAAUCACCUUACCUGUGACCUAACUACAGGAAAGUGGUCCAGGCCUUAUCCCCAGUUGCCAUCCUGUUCUUCCAAGCGCUGUCCAGACCCACCCCAUGUUUCCCAUGGCAGCUUCACCUCACCACUGAAGUCUAGGGACUUUGAAGAGGGUGAUACUUUGGUGCUGGAAUGUGAUGAUCAGUACCAUCCCUCUGACAAUGAAUGGAUAACAUGCAGAGAUGGUGGAUGGGAACUGUUCUCUUCCUGUACACCAAAUGCCCGUCUGACCCACUCCUACAAAGAAGGUUACAAACUCCAUGGAAUACUCGAGCAAUGGAGGUUAGGUGUAUGGACUUAUAGAGUUGACUUUUCAGAUGCCAGACGCCUAUCUGAAUUCUGCUGUAAAGAAAGAGGGUUAGAGCUUCAUGCAAUAAGAAGACUGUCGCACAUAAAGGUAGAAUGUAUUGGCAUAAAACUUGAGACCCAUGGCAGAAAAUACAUGGGCAAAGCUGUGGGAAACAUCGAUGGAAAUGGCUGGGAGGAGAUAUGUAUAGAAGAGCCCUCUGCAGCAAGGUCUUACUGUCAGAUGCUGUUUCAAAGUCAAGAGUGGACAGUGUCUGUACGGAGCAGGCCAAGAUUCUAUGCUGGGUACUCAUAUCGUUGUGACCACCAUCAUGAAUGCCAUUUCCAGAAAAAAGGACAGUCUUGCUUCAGUUACAUCCAGUGCAGAGCCAUGUGCGAUCCUUUCCCCAUUCCCAAUGGCCGGGCCGAAUGUGACUUACUUGAAGGCCAUAUGUGCUCUGUGUCUUGUAAUCGACUUUUCAACCUCCAAGGAUCCUCUGAAAUAUGGUGCACAAGCAAUGGUUGGUCAAGCAACCCCUAUUGCAUAGAAAGUGGAGAAUGUGGCUAUGACCAUGAAAGAGGACCUCAUUCAGUUGGCUGCUUGAAAAAGCUAUGGACUUCCGUUGGUUGUCAUCUAGAAGCUAACCUUUCCCCGACCAAAAGAGAAGAUUACUGGUCUAUGUACAAUCACUGGACAGUUGCUGAGGUGAGGGGAAAGAUGGCAAGUUUACCGCUUAAUGAGGAUUUCCAUUAUAACCCUGAUUGUGAGGUUGAAGAGUGUUUCCCUGGUCAUGCCACUGUGCUCACCAGUGACGGGACGGGUAAGACUAUGGCAGAGCUGAAGCUGGGGGAUAGAGUCCUUGCCAUGAAUGCUCACGGACAGCUGGUCUUCAGCGAGGUCAUCCUGUGGCUGGACCGCCGUCCCGCCGCAGUGGAGCACUAUGUCCUCCUGACGACAGAGGGAUCCCCAGAACCGCUCGCCCUGUCAGAUGACCACGUCACUUUCAUCGCCACGUCCAACGGAACUGCCACCUCAGCCACUGACAUGAUCCCGGUGUUCGCCAAAGACCUGCAGAGGGGUCACCUGCUCUUCCGUCACGACCCAGGAACUGGUUCAUUGGUGGCCCGCUGUGUGACUAAUGUCCAGGACUCGAAGGACUUGGGUGCCUAUGCCCCCAUGACUGUGGAGGGGAAUCUGAUUGUAGAUGGGCACCUGGUGUCCUGCUAUGCCCUGCAGUGUCGUCAGUACCUUGCCCACCUCCCAUUCGCCCCCUACAGGCUCCUCCACACACUGCGCUCUUAUGUCCCUUUCUUUUCAAAGCUGUUUCCUCUAAAACACCAGGCGGAGGAGGAGGGCAUGCAUUGGUAUGCCAAUGCCUGGCACCAUGUGGGUAAAUGGUUUGAUUACCCCUUUGGGGAAACAUGCUACCCUAGAGAGCUGCAACAGUACCUAUAUCCUUGAGAAUCUGUUGUCAGAAUUUUGUGGCCAAACUUUCUUUUCAGACUUCAGUCAAGCACAAGAAUGUGUACAGCUGAAAGGAAUGAUUGAGUCAUUGGAAAAGAUAAAUCAAACUAAAUCAUUAAGUGAUCAUAUUUUUUCCUUCUUAGAUUCUAUCGAUACCUUAAAGUAUGGGUUCAAAACAUUUUCAAUUAACUAGAAUGUUUUGUAUAAUUAAUCUUAAAACAUAGUGUGGUGAUUUAUGAAUUGUUGUCUCAUAUCUCACUUGUAACUGAAUCAUCUCUACUUUCUCCUUAAUUCAUGGACUGAACUAUAUAUUUAUUUUCGGUAAUGACCCCACUAUGUGAGAAACUUGAUAUAUCUGUUAUACAAAACUUGUUAUAUUGUUAAAACCGGUUUCUGAAGAGUAUCAGAAUGAGUUUACCUCUUCGCAUAUUUGGGGAAAUACUAUAGAAUAUCCUCUUAUUUAUAGCUUCUAUCUAUGGAUGGUGUUGCUAAGGUAUAACAUAACAUUGCCUUAAUUGAAAACAACAUGUGGUGAUUUGUAGACUGAAUAAAACUAAAAGCAACUGUU